AAAACUUUUGGACAUUUUAUGAUCUGUUAGAUUCUCCAAAUCUUAGAUUUAUUAUCAUUACAAUGAUAAAUCUUAGAUUUAUUAUCGUCACAAAUAACAUGUGUUAUUGCAUGUCAACAUUAACUGCAAAUCUUUCGGUUACAAUAGGAUACUCUCCCUCUUCAAACCUUGACCUUGACGUCUUCUUUGAAAAAAUAGUUAUCUCAUGCAAUUAGAGUAAACUACUUCUACAGUUUUAGGAGAAAAAGAGUUCAGUCAUGAUAAGAACAGCUGCGGCAGCGUUAUUUGCUGAAAUCGAUUAGAAUUCGAUUUGAAUUAAUUUCGUGCACGUUUAUCCACACGGAUAGGAGAUGACCGCAGCGCCGAACGCAGGCACCACCAAACCGUGAGCUUUUAUAAUACACUUGAUCAUGCAUUUCUAAGGGAUCAUAUAUAGUUUAAGUUCGAGCUGCCACUUCAAUGCCAUUUUCAAUGCAUGCGGUACAUAUGGUAUAUAGUUACGCAAGGAUCUUUCCGUGUCUAAAACCGGCCGGUUGAUUGAUAUUAUUACCGAGUAUCUCUAUUUGCUUAGAGGUCAGAUUUUCAUGACUAUUACAGAUCUUUCCGUUUCGCACUCUCCAAUGAUCUGAAAUUUGCAGUAUUCGAUCAUGAUUAUCUUUGCCUUGUACCAAAACUAUGAAUUCGAUCUACUGUCCAGGUAUUGAGUUCGCAAUUGGCGCGUUAGCAGCUGUGGGGGCUGGAUUCUUCACGAAUCCGGUCGACGUGAUAAAGGUACGGUUGCAGUUACAAGGGGAGCUAGAAGCGCGUAAUACAUACAGAAAAAUUUAUAAGAACACCCUGCACGCGGGUUAUGUGAUUGCGAAACACGAGGGCGUGUGUGCCUUGCAAGCUGGCAUCGUACCGGCUCUGUAUUUCCAAGUGGUGCUUAAUGGAAUACGAUUAGGAGCCUACAAUACAGCGAAGAAAUACGACCUAAUCACCAACGAUAAAGGGAAUACUGAUGUUCUGAAGACCGCGUUAUUUACUGGAACAGCUGGCUCUGUCGGUGCUGUUCUUAGUAGCCCGUUCUACAUGGUGAAAACGCAAUUGCAGGCGCGUUCAGCACAAUCUAUAGCCGUUGGCUAUCAACAUAAUUAUACCGGCACCUGGUGCGCGUUCAAAUCUCUAUGGAAAGAAGGCGGCAUAAUCGCUUUGUAUCGCGGCUGGUAUGCUAACAUACCACGCGUUUUUGUCGGCUCUGCGACGCAAUUAACUACAUUCGGUUUGGCUGCGGAUUGGUUACGCUCGUUACAAGUGAGUAGUUUAAACAGAGCGGCAAUAUUAAAUGAAGAAUGUUUUAUACUUUCUUCCUUUUUAAAGAUGUUUACAGAUCAACCGAUACUUCUGACUUUUUUGGCUUCUGUGAUCGGUGGAAGUUGCGUGGCUCUCACUAUGCAACCGUUUGAUGUCUUAGCAACGAGGUUGUACAACCAAAAGACGGACGUGAGCGGAAAAGGUGCACUGUACAACGGAUUUUUGGACGCAAUCAUUAAAAUACUACGAACAGAAGGUCUGAGUGGUCUGUACAAAGGAAUUUUUCCGACAUGGAUGAGAAUAGCACCGCACACGGUGCUUUGUUUAGUAUUCUAUGAAAAGUUAGAUCAAUUGUACACUGUACUUCAAAAUUAACAAUUGUAAAAUACGUAGGAAGAAUUUUAUAACUUUUGAAAUAUUAUAUAAAAUGUAAUAUAUAGUACGAAAAAAAUAAAUAAAUUUCUUACACGGGCA